ACUUGUAAUUAUCUUUCACUCCAAGAGUUCGUCGAGCGGAAACGAAGCGAAAUCCAGGACUCUGAUUGAUAAUCAGAGAAGGUUGGUCGGUCUCAAAUCUCUUCUCAAUUGCUAAACCUCAAAGCUUCCCCUCUGCGAACCACCAUUUCGGGUUCGUUUCCUACUGAAGAAUUGUAGCUUGCAUCGUCAAUCUUGUAUUCUUGGCUCUGUUUCCGAAGACAAGUUCUGGGCAUCCCAAGUUAAUGGCCGACUCAGUUUUAGUGAUGUUGUAUGCAAUUUAUGCCCCUAAAACUUGCAUCUCCUUUCGAAGAAACCCUCUCAUCAAUCAAAGGCAAUUAGCUACAACAAGGUUUCGUGUAUCGGCUUCAUUACCGGGUCCGGAUGGAGUUAAGGUGGAAUAUACUCCAUGGCUAAUUGUUGGAUUGGGAAACCCUGGCAACAAGUAUCAUGGAACUAGGCACAAUGUUGGUUUUGAAAUGAUUGAUCACAUUUCUCAAGCAGAGGGAAUUGGGUUGAAUACCAUACAGUCAAAGGCCUUGAUUGGAAUAGGUUCAAUUGGGGAGGUACCAAUUCUGCUGGCAAAGCCUCAAGCCUACAUGAAUUUCAGUGGAGAAUCAGUUGGGCCACUUGCUGCAUAUUAUCAAGUGCCUUUGCGUCAUAUCCUUUUGGUUUAUGAUGAGAUGAGCCUACCAAAUGGUGUUUUAAGGAUUCAGCCAAAAGGAGGGCAUGGCCAUCACACCGGGGUGAAGAGUGUGAUAGACCAUCUGGACGGUUGCCGUCAAUUUCCACGGUUGUGCAUAGGGAUUGGAAACCCACCCGGUACAAUGGACAUGAGGGCUUUUCUUCUCCAGAAAUUUAGUUCGUUGGAACGGCAACAGGUGGAUGCAGCAUUAGAGCAAGGGGUUGAUGCAGUGAGGAAUGUGGUACUCCAUGGGUUCAACAGCAGCACAACUAAAUUCAAUCUGGAGCAGAAGUACAAAUAUCACAAGGUUUAAGUGGCACUUCCACAACUCACUAAAAACACAAGAGUGGGCAUUCAUUUUGUGAUCACAUCCUGUCUUAGAUCAGAAGUCAAUACAUAUUCUGAAUUGACGUUUGGAUUUCUUGAAGACAAACUCAUUGAUUGAUACCUUGUACCCUAAUUCUAUGACCUAGUAUCUUGUGUUAUCGCCUUCUCUGUUUGUGGCAUAUCUGCAGCAACUGCUUUGCAAUUCAAUGGUUUGAAACCCAUCUCUUGAUCUUCAUCCUUAUCAUUGUAGUU